UCGGCCUGUAAAGUUUAUCAUAACUAUUUAUCCUCGGAAUUACAUUAAAGAUUAUACAGUAAUAUAGUUAUGAAACUAAAUAUAAAUACUAAUAAAACUAAUAGAGCGUACAGCUGUCGUGGUUUGUGGACGGAGACUUAUUAACAAUCUCACGCGCGUGUGUCCAAGAGGAAGCAAUAAUCAACCAUCUUUCCUCUGCCAGCAAUAACAAGAAAAGAGAGGCUCUAAGUAGGGCUACAGUUCUCAAUUUAUUGUCUGUUUAAUACUAAACAGAGGCUGGACGUUGGGUUUCGGGGUUUUUUUUUUGUUGCCGCACACUAAGGGCCAGAGGAAUAUAGAAACCCCUCCACCGGCACAUCCAGGAGCGUAGCGUUUAGCAGAUCACCUACUUGAUUUUUUUUGGUAUUUCUUUUUUUCAUGUUUCCAACAGGUUUACCUUCCCCUAAUCCCCCAGCGCCAAGCCAAGAGGCCAGAGCGGCAGCUUCGGAUGUGAACAGCGACAGCAGUCUCACGCCUUGCAGGAAGAGGAAGAUUCACAGCUCCGACAGGGAGGACACUGAUUCCGUCUCUGCGUCUCCCAAAUCCCCUAAAGCCGCGUGCAAUUCCUCUGCGUCCUGCUCUUCCUCCUCUUCCUCCUCCUCGCAGCACAUCCAGAAGAAGUUGCGGUUCGAGGAGCGCUCGGAGUGCACAGGGCUGGAUGUGAAGAUGGCAGAGGAGUCUCCCACAGCAUCGUGCUCCAAGGCGAAAAGCGCGUUUUUCUCCGGUCACGCUAACGGACUCACCAAAUCCGCCGGAUCUGCGACAUUCACCAACAGCAAACCCGGAGCUGCUAAGAAACUUGUGAUCAAAAACUUUAAGGAAAAGCCAAAAUUGCCAGAAAACUACACACGUGAGACAUGGCAGAAGUUGAAGGAAGCAGUGGAGGCCAUACAGAAUAGCACGUCAAUAAAGUACAAUCUGGAGGAGCUCUAUCAGGCUGUCGAGAAUUUGUGCUCUCAUAAGAUAUCUGCCAAGCUGUAUAAGCAGCUAAGAGUGGUAUGCGAAGACCACAUCAAGGCACAGAUCGAUGAGUUUCGAGAGGACUCUCUGGACAGUGUGCUUUUCUUGAAGAAAAUAGACAAAUGUUGGCAAGACCACUGCAGACAGAUGAUCAUGAUUAGGAGUAUAUUUUUGUUUUUGGACCGCACAUAUGUUUUACAAAAUUCAAUGCUGCCAUCAAUUUGGGACAUGGGACUGGAGUUGUUUCGUUUCUACAUCAUCAGUGAUUGGAAAGUACAGAGCAAAACAAUUGAUGGGAUCCUGCUCCUCAUAGAGAGAGAACGCAACGGGGAGGCUAUAGACCGCUCUCUCCUGAGGAGUCUGCUGAGCAUGCUCUCUGACCUACAGAUUUAUCAAGAUUCAUUUGAACAACGCUUUCUGGAGGAGACAAAUCGGCUGUAUGCUGCAGAAGGUCAGAGGCUGAUGCAAGAAAGAGAGGUGCCUGAGUAUCUCCAUCAUGUAAACAAACGCUUGGAGGAGGAAGCAGACAGGGUCAUCACAUACUUGGACCAGAGCACACAAAAACCCCUCAUUGCCACUGUGGAGAAACAAUUACUUGGUGAACAUCUGACCGCAACACUUCAGAAAGGGUUGAAUCAUCUGCUGGAUGAGAACCGUAUCCAGGAAUUGUCUUUGCUGUAUCAGCUGUUCAGUCGAGUUCGAGGUGGGGUGCAGGUCCUUCUGCAGCACUGGAUUGAGUAUAUCAAGGCCUUUGGUAGCACAAUAGUUAUCAAUCCUGAGAAAGACAAGACAAUGGUGCAGGAGCUGCUGGACUUCAAGGAUAAAGUGGAUUCCAUCAUUGAUAUAUGCUUCAUGAAGAAUGAAAAAUUUGUAAAUGCCAUGAAGGAAGCUUUUGAGACCUUCAUCAACAAGCGGCCGAACAAACCUGCAGAGCUCAUAGCAAAAUAUGUGGAUUCAAAACUGCGGGCAGGAAAUAAGGAAGCCACAGAUGAAGAACUCGAGAAGAUGCUGGACAAGAUUAUGAUCAUAUUCAGGUUUAUUUAUGGCAAAGAUGUGUUUGAGGCCUUCUACAAAAAAGACCUGGCAAAGAGGUUGCUGGUCGGAAAAAGUGCCUCCGUUGAUGCUGAGAAGUCAAUGCUCUCAAAACUGAAACAUGAAUGUGGAGCAGCUUUUACCAGUAAAUUGGAAGGAAUGUUCAAGGACAUGGAGCUCUCAAAAGAUAUCAUGGUGCAAUUCAAACAGUACAUGCAAUGCCAAAAUAUCCCAGGUAACAUUGAGCUGACUGUGAACAUUCUCACUAUGGGUUAUUGGCCAACGUAUGUCCCCAUGGAAGUUCAUCUGCCUCCAGAGAUGGUGAGGCUACAAGAAAUCUUUAAGACCUUUUAUCUUGGGAAGCACAGCGGAAGAAAACUACAGUGGCAAUCGACAUUAGGACAUUGUGUAUUAAAAGCUGAAUUCAAAGAGGGGAAGAAAGAGCUUCAAGUGUCACUGUUUCAGACAUUAGUUCUGCUGAUGUUUAAUGAAGGAGAAGAAUUUUCACUGGAAGAGAUCAAACUGGCCACAGGAAUAGAGGACAGUGAGCUGAGGCGGACUCUCCAGUCCCUGGCUUGUGGCAAGGCAAGAGUUCUCACCAAAACCCCCAAAAGCAAAGAUGUGGAAGAUGGAGACAAGUUUUCUUGCAAUGACGAUUUCAAGCACAAGCUCUUCAGGAUUAAGAUCAACCAGAUCCAGAUGAAAGAAACGGUGGAGGAGCAAGCUAGCACUACAGAACGAGUUUUCCAGGACCGGCAAUACCAGAUAGAUGCCGCCAUUGUCCGCAUUAUGAAGAUGAGGAAGACUUUGAGCCAUAACCUCCUAGUGUCUGAGGUUUACAACCAACUAAAAUUCCCUGUAAAGCCUGCUGAUUUAAAGAAGAGGAUAGAGUCGCUCAUUGAUAGGGACUACAUGGAAAGAGACAAGGAGAACUCCAAUCAGUACAACUAUGUGGCUUAGAGAGUGGCUUAAGGAAAGAGUGAAGAAUAACAAGAAAGAGGAGGCUCUUCUCAGUAAACAUGUGGAAUAGAAUCCUCCAGUUAUCUUUACCCUCUUUAACCCAGUGACCGACAACUGAAUGGAAAUUGUUCUCUGGGGUAUGUUCUCGGCUGGAUUGCAUGCCCAUUAAAAGAAAUAUAUUCUUCAGUGUCAGAGCUUCUCUCUUUGAAUUGGACAAUCCCAGAUACAUGAUUCCCACCCUCACUUUUUUAUUUACAUAAAGAAAAAGUGUAUUUAUUUUUCAGAAUUGGUUCCAAGUCCAUUUUGUUUAGGACAUCCUUUUCUGUUUAUUUUUAAGUCACAUUUCCUUUUAAUUCACUGUGUAUCCUGUGCAAAAUGUUAUUGCGUGUGGAGGAAAAAUGGAAAAAAGAUAUUACUAAUAAAAUGAGACAUUUGUUCAGUGCUGUAGCAACAUGAGUGUAUAACGUUAAAAAUAGGAUUUCACAUUUUUAAUGGGAAAUCUAUACAGAAUGAAACAAAGCUUCACUAGUGGAGGCUCCAGAAGGUCACAGGUUAUUUGAAAAUGGACAAAAAGGCUUGAGACAUUAAGUGGCAGAGGCCAAAUUGGAAGUACUAAAAUUGUGUGCCAAAAUAGAUAAAACCAAGCACUCAUUAUGUCAUAGGACUAAUUCAUGCUGCUAAACUUGUCAAAACAUCUAGUCCUUUCUACCCAGCUUUUUUUUUUUUUGUUUUUGUUUGUUUAUUUUGUGUUUUUAUAUAUAUAUAUAUAUAUAUAUAUAUAUAUAUAUAUAGUGUCAGGCCACACCCACCUUGCAACCCAACUUAGGCAUGGAUUUAUUACUGCAGAUUUAAUCGAGCCUUGGACAAAAUUACAAAAAUGUUAAAGAUGGUUUAUCCUGUUUUGUUGCAGUUGGAGGGUUCAUGCAAAUGAACAAUAUUUUCAGAAACUGAACAGUAUAAAAGCACAGAAGUGUCAUAAUUACAUUAUCCUAGUAACUCCAAGAUUUGUAUAUCAUUGGCAUAUUACACUGAGAAGCUCCUGUAUGGCAUCACUGGAUGAAUCGAGUUGUAUGAUUAUAGUGUUUCGAUAAAUCAUAAGUGGACAAUUAUCCCUUGUCUGAAUAUGUCUUCUUGUUUUUAUUGCUUCAGAUUAAACAGCUGUGUUUCCAUGA